CUUGGUCCGAAUCUCUUCUUCCAUCGCUGAUCAUACGAGUCGUACCUUUGCAACUUCUGAUUACCCAAGCACUGAGUCAGUGGUCGUUGUUUCAUGCGACAGCACAGAAACGGUGCUGCUCACGUGAUCCCUCUGUUCCUCCGGACGGCGAGUCCCCGCUAAGCUCGCUUAAAAGUACUUUUUGUCACCAAUCCGAAGGAAUCUUUGCCAUGACACCGUCCACUUCGGCGUCCUCCAGCGACUUUCAACACCGUCAUGCGCCCAAGCGUAUGCGCCUGGGCACGAAGAGCUGCGCGGAGUGCCGCCGGCGAAGGGUACGUUGUGCUUUCCCGCCCGAUGGUCGAGCGUGUGAAGCGUGCAGCCUCCACGGGGUAGAAUGCAUGCCCCAAAAGCCCACGAGCCAGAGAAAAGGUGCCCAACAACAAUAUGAUCCGGAAAAGGCAGAGUUGCGGCGCAGGCUCGCCAGCCUGGAAGCCAUGGUGCGCCACAUCUCCACCACCGUGAAUCUUGACCCCGAGACGACGGCGUGGGCUCAGUUGCAGACGGAGAGUGAGCGUCAAAAGCGACUGCAGCAUCCUUCCGCGGCGGCGCUGGGGGUAGAUCCCGUGGUAGUCUCGAGUACCACGGAAGAAGGCUCCAUCAAAUGGUCCAAGACGGACCAGCAAAGCGAUAGCUCAGAUGAAUUGGAUCAAUUCGAAGAUGCGCCGUUGGUCAACCUCUUCAAAGAUGCCUUGAAGAUCGAAAGACCACCUCCAAAUAGUAAGGACAGACCACAGCAGACGUUCCGUACGGACUACAGGAUCAAGGCCGCCAUCGAGGAUGUUGCACCGAUACUUCCGACCCUCGAUGACCUGAGACUCGUCCUCGAAGCAAGUGAGCGGUUCUGGUGCAUAUGGCCUAUGCGACCACCAGGCCAAGGAGCCACAGCCGGCGCCCCUCGAAUACUGUCGGCGCAAAACUUCAUCGUAGACUCUUUGAACUCGGGACGACCUCUGAUCAUCGCCAAGGCCCUUCUCUGGCUGACGCUCUGCAUGCACCAACUCCCUCAGGACUUUGCGUGUCAGGGAUCAGAACUUCGAAACUCUCGUGGCAACAUCAUCAGGCACUUCCUCAAUGCCGCCGACACUCUUCUCUCGAUCGAGGGAGAAGCUGGGGCUCGGGGUCAAGGUAAGGACCUGUUGGAGUGUCUGCAACUCCAGAUGAGGAUCAGCAUCGACAUGGGCAAACCGCGCAAGGCCUGGCUGACCAACCGACGUGCCAUGAAUACGGCGCUGCUCUUGGGGUUUCAGAAUCGUGGCACGGCGACGACGACAACGACGACGACCGACGAGCAAAACAUCAUAUGGAGACAACUCUGGCACAUCGACCGGAUGUUGUCGGUCGUCUUGGGUUUGCCUUGCGCCAUUUCGGACUCCCAUCCCAGCCUGGCGAAAGAAUACGCGGGCCCCACGAUCGAGUCACAACUCAUGCACGACCUGGCCAUCAUAGCGGGACGCAUCGUCGAUCGGAACAUGAACCACAAGACCGUCAACUACUCGGUGACGAUGGACAUUGACCAGGACCUCGAACGGUGCAAGACCAGAAUGCCCUCGUCGUGGUGGAAUCCCGAGUUCGACACGACUCUACCCUUUGAACUCGCUCACGGUCGACAAACCAUCAAACUGUUUUAUUUCAGUGUGUGCAAGACGUUGCACAUGCCGUACAUGUUCAAAACAAAAUCUUCAGGGUCAUCGUCGUCGUCGUCAUCGUCAACGUCGUCGGACAAAAUGUACGAGCUGAGUAGGAUGGCGGCCUUGGAGGCGUGCCGGGACUGUAUUAGGGUUUACAAGGGCAUGCGAGAUAAUCACACGGGUGACGUGCCGGUCAUUUGCGACCUCAUGGACUUUUUGGCCUUUAGUGCAACAAUCACCCUGGUUGUGGAUUUGCUUUCGACGUCGACAUCGUCAUCCUCGUCAUCCUCAAAGCGUCCAGCAGCAGCGGCGGCAGCAGCCGAUGGUGGUGGCGUUAUUCUUCCAGAGGAAAAACAAGAUUGGGAACUCGUCAACAGCGUGAGUGCGGUUCUGAACGACGUGGCGAACAAGCUGUCUUGCAGUGUAGCAGGGCAAGGGUCCAACCUUUUGGAGAGGCUCAUCAAGGCUCGUCACGGUCAAUACGACGACGCGGAACCUUUUGAGGCCGUCGUCCCUUAUUUUGGAAAAGUUCGAAUCGGUACGGUCACGAAAUCAGUCCGGGGGGUCAAAUCGACACAUUUGCGGACGCAGAUGCAGAAUUCGCCACGAGUAUCAUCAGGUCCUGGAGGGGUGCCGACGAUGACGAUGACGAUGAGUGAUCAGUCUCAAUCUAAUCAAUUACAACCGUUUCUGCGUCCGACCUUGGAUCCAUCACCAUCGUCAAUGUCACAACCACAGUCGGCCUCGAUGUCCUUAUCGAUGUCAUCGCCGUCAACAUUAUCGUCACCGCAGGACCACCAAACGUCGUCCAUGACAACAACCAACACGGUCGAAUUUAAUCUCGGCGGUACUACUUCAUUCGGACAGUGUUGUUCGGUGGAAGGAGGAGGAUGGAUCUUGUCCGACGAUGAAUUGACAAUGGAUUGGGAAUCUUUCGUUCACGUCAAUACGAGUUAUGACUGGAGUCAAUUCUUCGAGAGUGCAAUGCCUGAUUGAGUUUUGUAUACUACGUACAUAUACCCCUUAUAAAACACCUAUAUUAUUAGUAUCAUCCCCGCUCCCCAGCAACGCUUUGAGCGGUCAGCCACGUGGAACAAUGGAAGGAGGCAAGCAAGCAAGCAAGCGAAGAUGACCGAGUCCUUGAGGGGGAAAACCAGUAUUGGCUCGAAGUACUCAAAACGCUUCCUUGACUGGCAAUAUCCUUUGUACGGACGUACACCCCGUACAUAUUCCCUGGGAAAUCGUGCGCAUCCAUCGUAAAAAGGUGAAAAAAGUGCUUGCAAUUCUCAAG